AUGUUUCCCAACAUUCUCUGCCUCAUUCUCCACCUUCCUCUCCUCAUCCUCGCCUACCCACCCGGCCCUCGUUACACUACUUCACCCAUCUCCGCCAUCGCCCGAUCCAUCGACCCACCCCACUCGGCCAUACACGCUCCCACAGGCGACACUCUAAACCGCACCGCCUGCUUCUGUGCAUCACGGACCUGGGCCAUGGAUCAAACCUACGGCUUCUACUACAUGAUCAGGUACUACAACGCUCACCUCGACCACACCUACAUCCUCGAACCAGCGUGCCAAUCCAGCAUUUCCAUCAACGUCCAAGACGAGUACGAUCCCAACGACAAACCUACCCUUCAAAACGAAUGUUUGCGCUCCCGUUUUCAUGAUCCGGUCGAAUAUUGCACCGGGAAGGACACUGACGAGAACACAUUCUGCUACACCCUGGCUGGUGGGCCGGAUUACGAUACUUGGCGGUUUAACGGGCAGCAUAGGACAGGACUGCCGCUGGAGCCGGAGGUCAAUUACUCUUCAGAUAUGGUGGAGGAGGUGUGUGAGGAGUCCUGUAAGGAAAGCGUGGGAGGCAUGGAGAUGUUGAGUGGAGAUGCGUUGGAGGUGCUUGAGGGGUAUUAUAACCUUGUUGGGGAGAGACUGGAGAGCAGUGUCGUUUUCUACCCGUCUAUUCCUGACAUGUGCAAGGGCUGCAAGUAG